AUGGCUUCGGCACUGAAGGGAGUCAUUGAUGAAUCAUCUGCAGCUGCCGAGCCCGUCAAGCAAGCACGGUUCAUAUUAGCGCGUAUUCAACAGCUGAAUGUUCUUCGUGAGAAGCCACGAUCAACAUGGGAUCUUGGAGCCUUGAAUGCAGAAGAUCACCACGCUUUGAUACGCGCCGCCAAUGAUGCAGAGGGUGUAGCAGUGGUCGAUGGGCAGGUGGCAAAAUUGAAAGAGCGUAUAACUGAGCUCAAGUUUCAGUUCGGUGAGCAGAUGAAGCAUGCUUUCCAGGCAUCCAUGCAAAGCAUGUUCCCCUCAACGGAUAAUGUAGCAGCAUCAAGCGGUCGGAUCAACGAAGAGCGUCAGGUCCUCAAUGAAGAAGGGCUCCCAUUCGUCGACCCACUUGAAUCGCUUCCUGACUCACCGCCUCAGACGCCACGAUGGGAUACUGAGCAACCACCGCCCCCCACAGGCAAUGUAUUAGGACGCGUGCCUGGACAUAUUGUGCCAUUUGACCCCUCAUUACAAGGCGAUGAGCGGAAAAAAUGGAUGAACUCUGUGAUGGAUCAGCUCGAAGAAGAGGAGCGAGCAGAACAGGCAAAGUUGGAUGAACAGCAACAACAAAGGCAAGAGACCAAUCGGUCGGCUCUUAAGCUGCGGCGUGGGUUCCUUCAGUCAGAUGCGCAUCGACCAAAGAAACACGUCCGAAUUGCAGCGCCCAGUGAUGACAGCGAUGAAUCGGAACCUGUUAGUAAGGCCAAGAAAGUGCCGCCUGGAAUGGACCCCGAGGAUGUCGGUGUACAGGAAGAAGCCGCACGGAUCGUGGAGCUUUUAGGGCCUGAGGUGAUCCAGGGUCAUCCCAAUGCGGAGCGAAUUUUUGCCGAGAUGGAGGCCUCUCACCCAAAAGUCAUUCAGAAACCUGCUCCAGCACCUUCGUCGGAUGCGUCAAAGCCAGCUAUCGGUGAAACGGUCCUUGAACGAUCAGCCGAGGCAGAGACAAAGCGAACACCAUCAGUAGGAGCAAAGCGGAAGCCUAGUGCAUUCAAGCAGCGCCAACAAUUGCAGAAGCAAGCUCAGGAACAGAUACCCACAGCGCCGACAGUGUCGCAAGGCAUUUCGGCAAUUGAACGUGCUGGGCGAGUCGAGGACGAAUUGGGCCAAGAGCGGAGUAAGCAAGGUCUUCCACCACGCGUUCCACAUGCGAGGCCAACAAAAGCUUAUGCUGCUAAAUUAGCACAGCGUGCAGUGCAGGCAUCCGAGCAAAAGGACGACAUUGAUGACGAAAUAGUCGAAAAGCCUGGUCGACGGGUCCGUUUCGGAGGUGAGGAAGUUUUGAAUAACGAUGAAAGCGAGCAGCCUAUGGAUCAAGAUGAGGAGGAAGAGGAGGACCAUCACGAUGAGUCAGACGAGCUCGAUCUGGACGAUGACUACGAUGCUGACAUGUGGGAGUCAGAAGACGAAUCGCUUUGGGAUAGUGAUGACCAGUACGGUGCAGAGGACCUUGAAGCACUCAAGCCAACGAUGCAAGGACAUCCGGGCGACGAGUAUUGGACAGAAGAACUAGCUCGGGAGUAUGCAGAAGCGAAAGCACGUCUUUCGUUGCAUCCUCGUAUGCCGCAAAGUGCCCAUGAUGAUCAUGGUGAUGCACAGGAGUCGUAUGGCAUCGCACCGCUGUCAGCGAGCGUGUCUGAUUCGCACUCACAUCCAUCAUCACAAGAACGCCCACGGGUCUCGCGAUUCAAGGCCGCUCGAAUGAUGGGGGAGUCCGUGCCAGAUCCAAACGGACACUACCACUAUCCCUCGGCGGAAGUACCGGCAGCCGAAGUGGCCGGGCAUGAAUUGACACAUACACUGCAUGAGUCAAAUGUUUCACAAAACUCGCAUGGUUCGCAGCCCAUCAUGGUGCUCCCGUCCCUCGCCCCAGUACGAUUUCCACGGCCAGUGUCAGACCAACGCGAAGGUUCAGGCUUGGGCUUCGAUCUUGACGGCGAAAGUGACGAAGAUGACGAGCGCUUGCACGCGUUAAUGCGAGCAAGACUCUCUAUGCAUGACGAGGAAGAAAAUGGCCUGGGAUCUACACAACCGCCCCCACGAGCAUCUCAACGACCGCCCCAUGUGGGGCAUGCGAAAUAG